ACCUAAAUAAUUAUAAAUAUUUAAUGUAAAUGUAACGUGCACUCUUAAAUUGCAUGCAAGAGAGAGCCUGCCGUCAUUAUGCUGUGUAUUAUUAUGCUUUUAAAAGACUGGUUAUUCACUGCAAGAGCCUGCGAGCUUAAUUCGGGCCUCGCUUUCGACAACAAAUCUAGCACGAGGCUAAUCUGGCAACAAAGCUAACGAUGCGAAAAUGCUACGUGUUAGCUCUAUAUGUGUUGCUAUCGUAUCUGUCGUACAGUAGCCAUGCUGCAUUUUAAUAUAUUUGCAGUUAAACUGGGGACUUUUGAAAGGUGCUGCCUAAGCAAAAUUAACGUAGCUACAAAAGCUCGAGUCAGCUUGUUGUUACCUUCAACAAUAACAACAUUAGCUCACUAGACGAACGGAAACGUUAAGUAGCCUAGCUGCUCACGUUAGCAUACUCUCAGUGAGUAGCUAACGUUAGCUGGACAGCCUUUGAGCCCGUUUUGGUUGCUGUGUCAGCAUAUGCUAAUCUGAAGAGUCCUGGAGAUAACUAUGAGAACACUCUUUCCCACCUCAUUAAAUAAUUAGUAUAGUUUUCUUUUUGGAUUCCCUCGUGUUGCCUUACUAUCAUAGAAACAGUAUACUACAUAUGUGAAGAUUAUUUUGGCAAGUGCACUCAGCGUCAACAUCAUCACCAUGAGCUUGAUAGCAUUGGCCUGGAGAAGAAAGGCUGCCCUUAAUCUGAAUGAGUCAUGGCCCAGUUCGGGGGACAGAAAAAUCCGCCGUGGGCGACUCAGUUUGCUGCCACAGCAGUGUCCCAGCCAGGCCACACAGGACAGUCUCUGGACCUCAACAGCCUGCACUCUCUUGGAGUGCAGCAGCCGUCUCUUCUGGGAGCAUCUCCUGCUGUUUACUCUCAGCAGUCAGCCUUGGCUGCAGCCUCUCUCAGCAACCAGUCUGCUGCAAACUAUCAGCUUUCUCAGCAAACUGCUGCUUUGCAACAGCAAGCUGCAGCAGCCGCUGCAGCAGCAUUACAGCAGUCUCAAAUCAAUACAGCGCUUCAGCAGUAUCAACAACAACAACAGCAGCAGCAACAACAGCAACAGCAGCAACAACAGCAGCAACCUCCCCAACAACCCCCCCAGCAGCAGCUGUACAAUGUACCUCAUCAGCUUCCACAGCCUCAGCAGGCACUCAUUUCUCAGCCCCCUGUCGCCCUGCCCACGAGCCUGAGCCUGUCUAACCCACAGCAGACAGCCCAAAUUACUGUGUCUUAUCCCACACCACGUUCAAGCCACCAACAGCAGACGCAGCCUCAGAAGCAGCGAGUCUUCACUGGUGUCGUCAAUAAGCUGCAUGACACGUUUGGCUUUGUAGAUGAAGAUGUCUUCUUUCAGUUAAGUGCUGUGAAGGGGAAGACUCCCCAGGUGGGUGACAGGGUCCUAGUGGAAGCUGUGUACAACCCGAAUAUGCCGUUCAAGUGGAACGCCCAGCGCAUCCAGACUUUACCUCAACUAGCAAAUCAGUCGCAUCAGCAGCAGCCUCAGCCUUUACCUCAAGCUUCCCCACAGCUCGGCAGCCUUUACAAUGAGCCAGGGAUGCAGCUGCGCUACUCGGACAUGCACACCACUGCGGACAACAGACAAAAUAACCAGCCUCAAACUUCGAGCAUGAUGAAGGCAGCCCCCACCAUGCUGCAGUCACUACCUCCCCCGACCACAUUCAGUGUUCCAGCCCAGGCUCCCCCUCCGUCUCUUCUGCAGGCACAGCUGUCUGCUGCUUCUCUUGCCCCUCUUCUCCAAAACCCUCCUCAGCCUCUGCUGCCACAGCCUCCGCCCAAAGAAGUGUUUCCCGGGGGUCUCCUCCAGCCCCCAGUGAGAAUGAUGGCACAGCCGCAGCCUGUCCGAAGAAUUGAGCCUCCGCCUCGUUUCCCCACUCGCAGCGAUCGAGGCCCUGAGCUCAUCCUCAGGACUAAAGAAGAACGCAGAGACAGAGACCGUGAGCGCAGGCGAUCAAGAGAACGGUCACCCACACGCAAACGUUCCAGAGACCGUUCACCGCGACGUGACCGCUCCCCAAGACGGCCUCGCAGAGUUGUACCUCGCUACACUGUCCAGUUUUCCAAGUUCAGCUUAGAUGGCUCCAGCUGUGACAUGAUGGAGCUGAGGAGGCGCUACCAGAGCCUCUACAUUCCCAGUGACUUCUUUGAUGCUGUCUUCACCUGGGUGGAUGCCUUCCCUUUUACGCGACCCUUCCAGUUUAGUAACGCUUGUAACUUCCAUAUUUUGCACAAAGAGGUGGAUCCUCUAGUCAAGAACACGGCUGUGCUGGACCCUCCUGACGCCAACCAUACCUACAGUGCUAAGGUGAUGCUGCUGGCUAACCCCAGUAUAGAGGAGCUCUAUCAUAAGUCCUGUGCUCUGGCAGAGGACCCACAGGAAGUCAGAGACUCCUUCCAGCAUCCUGCUAGACUGAUUAAGUUUUUGGUGGGCAUGAGAGGUAAAGAUGAGGCCAUGGCCAUUGGUGGUCACUGGUCUCCAUCUCUGGAUGGAGCGGACCCAGAAAAGGAUCCAUCAGUCCUUAUUAAGACAGCGAUACGCUGUUGCAAGGCCCUCACAGGCAUAGACCUUAGUCUGUGCACUCAGUGGUAUCGUUUUGCAGAGAUUCGCUAUCAUCGGCCAGAGGAGACACACAAGGGGCGGACAGUCCCUGCUCAUGUGGAGACAGUGGUUUUGUUUCUUCCGGAUGUUUGGCAUUGUCUUCCUACCCGCUCAGAGUGGGAGGUGCUGUCACGGCGACUCCGGGAGCAGCUGGCUGAGAAGCUGUCGGCCGAGCGAAAGGAGGCAGAUGGAGAACAGGAGGAAGAGGAGAAGGAUGACGAUGAUUUAAAGGACGUUAGUACUCCCACUCACUGGGCUAAACUUGACCCGAAAUCAAUGAAGGUAAAUGACCUGCGCAGGGAGCUCGAUUGUCGCUCUCUAAGCUCUAAGGGGUUAAAGUCACAGCUGAUUGCUCGCCUCACCAAACAGCUAAAGGUGGAGGAGCAGGUAGAGGAGUCCAAGGAGCCCGAGAAAGUAGAGACCAAGGAUGUGGAGGAAGAGGAGCCAGCACGCACUGAGGAUGACAGAGAGGAGGAGGAAAAGAAGAGGCAGGAGGAGCUUGAGCGCCAGCGGAGAGAAAGGCGCUACAUCCUUCCUGAUGAGCCUACCAUCCUUGUACACCCAAACUGGGCAGCCAAGAACGGCAAAUUUGACUGCAGUGUCAUGUCCCUGAGUGUGUUACUGGACUACAGACUAGAAGACAACAAGGAGCACUCAUUUGAAGUUUCUCUGUUUGCUGAGCUUUUUAAUGAGAUGCUGCAGAGAGAUUUUGGUUACCGCAUAUAUAAAGCCCUCGCUGCGCUUCCUACCAAGGACGAGAAGAAGGAGAAGAAAGCCAAAAAAGAGGCUGAAAAGAAAGAGGCUGAAAAGCGUGAAAUGAAGAAGGAGAAAGAAGAAGAGAACGAAGAACCGACAGCAAAGAAGACCAAAGAAGAUGAGGAAGAGAAGAAAAAGUCUGAAGAAAAGACAGUGAAAAAGGAGGAGUCUCGAGAUGAAGAGGAGAAUGAAGAUGAUGGCAGCACAGCCAAUGCUGAAGAAUAUGAUCCCAUGGAGGCUGAAGAUGCAGAUGAUGAUGAGGAUGAUGACAAAGAUGAUGACGACUCCACUGACAGAGACAGAAAAGACCGCAAAGAUGACCGAAAAUCAUCGAAAGAGAGGUCCUCCAAAGAUAAGGAAAGGAAACAGAUGAUCACGCACAACAGGGAGCUGCUGAUGGCGUUUGUCUACUUCGAUCAGAGCCACUGUGGCUAUUUACUUGAGAGAGACCUGGAGGAGAUCUUGUACACACUGGGACUGCAUCUCUCUCGUGCUCAGAUAAAGAAGCUUUUGAACAAACCUGUUGUCAGAGAAUCGUGUUACUACCGAAAACUGACAGACAGGGGAAAAGAUGAACCCAUUCCUUCUUUCAAUGAAGCCCAGAUUGAAAAUCUCACAGGUAACCGAGGACUGCUUCCUGCUUCUAAAACUCGUGCUCAGUCAGAGGCCAGCGAGUCUGGUAACCUGAUCGUGUAUAACGGAGCUAUGGUUGACAUCGGCAGCAUGAUGCAGAAGCUAGAGAAGAGUGAGAAGGCGAGAGAGGAAAUAGAGCAGAAGCUUAUGUUGCAGGAUACUAAAAUGGACGAAGACGCAAAGGUUAAAGCUCAGCUGGAUCAAGCCAACAAAUCUUUGUCGAGGGAGCUGGAGGAGGUGAAAAGCACUCUGAGCCAAACCGAGCAGACUCUGAAGACUGUGGAGGAAGAGAAGAAAGUCUACCGUGAGCUCCUGAGCAAAUCAGCAAACUCACUGAUGUCCACUGUGAAAGGAGUGCUGGAAGUGCUGAAGAAGGAUCAGGACAUAGACGAGCCUGGCAGCGAAGUCGCCGCUGAUCGCAGUCGGACAUCCCAGACGAACGGCGCAGAUUAAUAAGUGACAGAUUUCAAAGGAAUGAAGCUAAUCAGUACUGAUUAUCUUAAACUGUAAAUAUUCACUACACGAGUAAUUUGACUGUGUUAUAUUUGAACCCGUUGUCUCCCAAGUAUGUUUAAUUUAAUGAAUUAGUUCCCUUGUAAUAAUUUGACCACCUCCUCUGUUUCUGAGGAGUUACUUUUCUUACUUAGAGUAAUUUUAACGAUAACAAAGCUUUGAAGCGCUUAUUUUCAAAGUGAUUUGAGUUGCUAGCAUCUUUUUGCCAUCGCGUUUGCUUUGCUAAGGCCGCUCAAGUGCCACUCUGUAGAUUUAAAUGCAGGCGUGUGUGUGUGUUACUUGAGUCUUGUUUUUUUUUUUUUUCUUCUUCUAAUGAGCAAUAAUGAUGCUAUUUAUGUGCGAGAGUAUUCAUAAAAUAUUUAAAAGAAGCUAAUUUUGGAUGGAAGGAAGUGUUGGAGUGUUCCCGUGUGCUUCAGACAGAAGCACUUCCUUAACCAGCCCCUCUUUAUUUCUCACAGCUCUGCUCGGUUUGUAGUCCUUUGGCUGGUUUAACAGGUUUCUGCAGGAUUUUUUUCCCCCACACACACGGCUAUGCAUGGUUCCUGCCUGUCAUGGACUUUUUUUUUCUGUCUCAUUGUAUCCACCAACUUCUGCGCUGCCACUUUAAUGUUUUACUGUGACCAGCGUUUGUCGUGUUUUCUGCUAAAGGAAACUAACACAUGAACCAAAAGUUAAGCUUAAUGAAUGUGUGUUCUGCUGAAGGAAUGAACACUUGAGAUCCAUCUCUAAAUUGUGUGCAUUGGUUUGGGUUCUUAACAAGAGGCACAGUUGCGUUUUAAAUGUGCUCCAAAGCAGGCGAUUUUAUUUUUAUAUUGAAAAUGCGCUCUAUGGAUGUCUUGUGCAAGAGUAAAGUGGUCCAUUUUAACACUACA